AAAAGUGUCGCUAAGCGAAGGCGCGACGAGACGCGGAGGAACGGCGAAAACGACGGCACGAGGCAUGAUCGGUUUGAAAUGAACGGUGCACCAGCGCUUCUCAUGGUGUAAAAGCCCCUGCGGCUCAAAGCAUGUGAACCCCUCCUGUGUUCCAUGCCCCUCGGAUGAAUCCAGAUCCUCUGGCUUUUGAUAGUAAUGGGAGAUAUGGCGGAGGACUCAAAGGGGCGGAGUGUGGGAGAGCAAGACGAGGCUACGCCCGUGCUACAGGGUGACGUGCUCCCAAACACGGCAGACGCCGCUGCUCUGGAUGAGCCGCCGCGCAAUUGGCUGGAACCAUUGGAGGAAGACUAUGAGGAGGAGGGCGAGGAAGGUGUGGAGAGUGACCGGAGCAGUGAACGAAGUGGCAGAAGGACUCAUGAUUCAUUGCGGCGGCGAAGGCAGCAGCAUGAGGACUGGGAACGGAACUGGUUGGACUGCCCGGAUCUGGGUCAAGGCUGGAAGCGGAAGGAGGUCUUUCGGCGCUCCGGCUCCACCAUGGGCAAAAUAGACACAUACUACAAGAGUCCAAAGGGACACCGUUUCAGGAGUAAGAUUGAACUUGCCAAACAUGUGAUGAUCGAUCUGACUCACUUUGACUACAGACAAGGAACGUUUGUGGAUAGCGUUGUCACAACAAAGCGCCGGAGGACUGAUGCCCCUGAAGAUGGGGCACGUUCCAGCCUCUCGUCCUCCAGAACUGCCACACCAGACCCGGACACGACCCGCACCCCUGACCGGUUAACCCCCACCCCCCCAGCAGCGCCUUGCAACAAGGUGUCGACCCCCCAGAGGCCCCAGCUCACCCCGAACCUACCGGUGGCUGCUGAAGCUUCUCUUCCCCCAAACCAGUCUUUCGGAAGCCCUCCAGAACUCACCCGCGUUUCGCUGGCCAGCCCCCAAAGUGCUGACGCACAGCAAGCCAGCCGCUCGCCCUCUCUACGGCUGGGCAGCUUCUCGCCCCAAGCUCUCAGCCUCGUUACCACUUCUGGAAAAGGGGAGAUCACAUCGCUGCCUCAGUCCUGGCUCCAGUCAUCCUUGACCCCUGUCAGCCCCCUCCGGACACCAGACAGUGAAACACCCAUACACCUGUUUGGCCAGAGUGAAGGAAAACACUCCCCAAACUUCCCUCUGCCCCCAAGAACCCAGCUAGCUCUGGACCCUGAAACAACAAUCAACAGAGAAAUCCAGCACCAUGACCUUCCCCCUCUCGAUGGUUGUGCAAACUGUGGUUGUGAGUAUCCAGGAAUGGGAAACGGGCAAGAUUUGCUAUGUCCCAAGUGCAGACCAGAAAAAAAGAGGCCUUCUCCUCAUAUUGUGUUCCGGAAGGUGGGGCAAGAUAAAUGGGUUCUUGGGAAAACAAGAAUGGAGGACCCCCUGAAAAAGAAGAUAUCUCCCCUAGGGAAAAAACACCAUUCUUCCCAGGCAGUGCCGCAGGACAGCGACCACGAUGACUAUGCGCCAGACGCCGGCGAUGAUGACGAGUCGGGACCAAAGAGGCGAAACAGGCGGAUGUGUGGUCAGUGCAAGGCCUGUCUGCAGGAUAACGACUGUGGCGAGUGCGACUUCUGCAUGGACAAGCCCAAAUUUGGCGGCCGCAACAAGAAGCGUCAGAAGUGUCGUAUGCGCCAAUGCCAGUUCCAGUCUCGGCAUCAGAACAGACACGGCCGGCAGGUUACACUCGCGGACACGGUUAAGGACUCACCUCGGAUAUUCCGGAAACGUGGGAGGCCCCCUGGAAAGCGUGCAAUCAAGUGGCGUUCAUGGGACGGUGACUUCACGGACGAUGAAGAUGACGAUGAGGAUGAAGACAUGCACCAGAGGACAGGUGAACCGCAGAGUUCAGUCAGGAAGUGGAGGUACAGCUUCGGCCACGAGGACAAUGAAGAGAUGGUGGAGCCUGAGAUUGAGGAUGAAGGACCAGGUGACCUAGAGCAGGCCUUUAUGGUGUGUGAGGAUGGGAGCAAGGGAUUUUUUGAGUCAGAGGGACUCUACUCUAACAGCUACUCUCUCAGUGCUCAGAAUGGUGCUGUGACUGUGUUGGAGACCAUCGGAGACCAGAACGGCAUGGUGCUCUCUCAGCCAAGACCCCAGGAACUGUUUUACACUAUGGCGGGCCUGUCUGAGGGUUCUCAGGUGCUGGGCACUAUAAGGCUAACCAGCAGCGGCUCACUGCAGCUCAGUGACGUGCCAGGUAGGGCGGGCCCCCGGCCGACCUCUGACGUCCUGAGCGCCAGCGGCCCCCUGCAGCUCAGCGAGGUGCUGAGCAGGAGCGGGCUGGAGCUGAUCAGCAUGGAGACGUCUGUACCACAGCUUCUCCCGGCCCGGGAGCAGGAUCCAGGGCCGGCCCCGGAGCCCCGGCCUGACCCAGAGCCUCCGGAAACCAUGCCUGUGAUUGCGCAGACUUAUAGCCUGGCGGACAGUGCAGAGAGCGAGUCUGCGCAGGACCAGGGUCUGCUGGACCUGCUCCGUGCCCUGCGCUCCACUGUGCUGCCUGCCCACUGGGUGGGCGUGAUGGCCAAGGGCCCCCUCCUGCAGCUCUUCCAGUGCUCCAAAAUCUCACCCAUGGCCGACACGGUGCUCCAGAUCGAGGCGGGCUUCUUCUACCAGAUCAGCGUACAGAGCCAGCCGCUGCUUCCCACGCACGUCGUCUACGAGGGCCACCCGCCGCGCCUCACCACUGUUGAGCAGGUGGUAGCGCUGCUGCUCGACUUGGAAAGGAUGGCCGUGUGUCAGGGCUGCCAGAGCUUCGAGUCGUGCCCGGCACGUGGGCCCGUGCUCUGCACACGCGCUGCCCUCUGUGCACUGCUCAUCCCGCAGGACGACGAACACUGUGCGAAAUGCCAGCCACCCACAGAGGACUGAGCCCAUCCAGCGCAGCUGUUGCUGGCAGCCCCGUGCUGGCCGGCUACGGGUUGCAUCCGAGUACAGGUUAGAUCAGGAUAUAGGCAGAUCCAACCUGCCAGCAGCGUACUUUAAUAGUAGACCACUGCUUAAUAGCUCACAAUGAGAACAUGUGAGCCAGCGCAGAGCCAAACGUCACAGACUCACAACACAGUGGCUGGCGGUUAAGUGUAAACUGAGCCAAAACUCCAGGUCGCAAAGAUUUUAUGAAGUUUUGUCCCCUUCUGAAACUUAUCUCUCCUACCAGUAAGAGCUCCAGGGGGAUAAAUGUUCAUUUCUCAAUAGUCGAGCUCAUAAGCCUUGAGUCCAGCGGCUUCCCCAGGAGCUUCCUGAGCAGUCAUCAGAUUUAGGGGUUUUUUUUAACUUAUUUUCUUUUAACAGUGGGAGAAAAGGAGUGCAUCCCCUCUUCAGUACAGUGAACUGUGUAGUGGUGCUGUCCAGAUUUGGUUUGAUGUACCUGUCUCUUCAGAAAAGCCUGGACCUGCUCCUGUGUCUCUGAUGGUGCGUUCCCCUGUGUACGGAACUCUGCAGCAACACGCACCUUCGCCGGGCCCACGGAUCUCCAGCAAGGACUGAUCCCCCAGCCUUGUCGUACAUUUCUCGUCUACGCCCCAACGGCUGCCUCUUCUUUUGUUCUUUCUCGUGUGCUCUCGGAUGUGCAGAGAGAGCACUGGGAUAGAACCCAACUACCUCUUGGCAGCUCUGUUGGACCCUCCUUCCCUUUCAACCGUUGAUGACAUCUGUCGUCAUUCCUACUCUCCCGAUCUCUUUGCUGCACAUAAGCUUGUUUUUACAAGGGGCUUUUUAAAAAUAGCAGGUCGUGUGUCUUGGAUCGGUGCAUUGAUCUUAUCAAUUUAAUGAUCUACAUUUUCCAGAUUUGCUGUGGGAUAUUUGGAAUACUGCUUUUCCAUUCAUGUGAGCUUUAUUAGUAAAGGUAUUUGAAAGCAAAUUGCUAUAAUACAGAAUCCAGGUUUGUAUUACAUUGCUCUCACCAUUGCGAAUAGGUUCCCAUUACCAUUACAUUCUUUCCAGCCAGUAUACAUGAAACAAAUGGCCUACUGUUAUCUGUAGGAAUUGACUAAGCAUGCAUACCUUACCAUCUGUUCUCUUUUUAAUGUUAUGCUACCAUAACCUCUUUGGUUUUGUCAGUGCUAGUUAGAACAGUCCAGCACAGCCUCUGUCCAGCAGGGAGUGCUAUUAGUCUGAGCCUUACAUGUUCAAAAAGCCCUGCUGAAGGUUGAAAAUUGUCAAACUAGAUUUAUCAGUGCUUGGUGAUGAUUUUACACACAACUACACAGUUUUCAGGGACUACUGUGCUGCUCACUAGGGCAUAUUUUUCCCUCGGAAGACUGAGGUUCUAUAUGGUAUCUUUAAAAUCAUUUACUUUGGCUCAUAUUGCAAUGUAAUGUAAAUGUUUAGCUUCUUAAUUCAUAACACAAGGGCAAUCACCUGUAGCUUACUGUUACUACUACAACUAUCAAAAAAAGGCAGCUGGUUGGUGCAAAAAUCUGGAAAGGAUUUUUGCUUUAUUAACCAGAACUAUACAACUACAGUGUUUCACUAACAAGCACCUGAUUUACUGUUAUUCUAACUCAAUUUGCUGUUACUCUAACUGUGUAGUUCAGGGAUGGGGAGCCGCUGUGCAGGAGAGUCACACUACUGUGCAAUUAUGUCUAAUCCCUGCUACUGCACACGUGCAGUUUGAAUGUGCUUUUAUGGUUUAAUCCAGGUCAUUGCAUUAUCUAGAAAUGGAGUUCUCAGCCCCCAGCUGUCUGUUCUGUCCUCCACCUAAUACACAUGAAGUAUACUGAGGCCAGCAAAGCUCUUGUCUUGCCAAGGUGUGUUGGUGUGUGUUGGCGUGUUGUAAGGUGGACCAGAGGAAAUAUUAGGCCUGUUUUGUGGGGGUUCCUGAAAAUCUGAUUCUGAACAUGCGAUCUCAGAGUAAGGCGCAGUAACUGGACAGUCACCCCGACUUGUAGAUUUCAUGCUUUAUCAAUACACAACCAAAUUCAAAUGAUAAACUUGUGGCUAAGUCAUUCGUGAAUACAGUUAAAUCAAUGAGAGCAGGGGAAGCACUGAGCUGUGCCAGUGUGCUGUGAGAGGUGACUGUCUAAGGGCUAAGGUCUAAUGUCAGGGUCCAGCAUGGCAGUCAGAGGCCUCCCCUGAUGAAAUCUGCAUAGUUUAUAAAUAUUCCUGUCACAUGACACAAGUCACAGCUGAAGCAUCUUGCUUUCGGAAGGUCUGAAAUGGCUUUCAUUCAUUCAUGCUACAAGACUGUAGGUGUAAGUGUCUCACUGCUGCUGUUGAAGGCUUGUCUGAGGGAUAUGUUGGGUAUGCCGGGCCUUAGAUGGCCUUGGUUGGUCCUGGUGAUGCCCAUCUUUUAAACUGCUGCCCUGGUUUUAUGGGCUUCAGUUGGGCAUUUAUGAAUGGGGUGGGGUGGCUGUUGUCUGGGUUGAGUGUGUUGUCCAUUUUUAUUUAGAUAAUAAAUAAUAACUUGUUUCAAAACAAGUACGAAUAAGAUGUGUAUCACAAAACGUGAAAUUAAUUUCUGAAAUUAUAUAUUCAGAAAUUAAUUUAAAAGUAUGUAGAAAGGUGUUGAGGCAUAAAUGUUGUCAUUUGGAAACACCUCUUUGUGAAUGUCCCGUGGCUUGGUGUGUGUUACUUGUCACUCUACUGCCGCUGCCAAAGUUUUAGGAACAUGGUAUAAAUUAAUUUCUAUGAAGGGUUGCAAAAUGCAUUAAAUCAUUUUGUUUAA